GCGGCGGGGCCGCGCCUGUCAGCAGGGCGGCGGGAUGGCGGCGCUGUACGCCUGCACCAAGUGCCACCAGCGCUUCCCCUUCGAGGCGCUCAGCCAGGGACAGCAGCUCUGCAAGGAGUGCCGGAUUGCUCAUCCCAUUGUUAAAUGCACUUACUGCAGGACUGAAUUCCAGCAGGAAAGCAAAACCCACACAAUAUGCAAGAAGUGUGCUCAGAACGUGAAGCUCUACGGCACGCCAAAGCCCUGCCAGUACUGCAACAUCAUAGCAGCAUUUAUUGGAAACAAGUGCCAGCGUUGCACCAACUCGGAGAAGAAGUACGGCCCCCCUCACUCGUGUGAGCAGUGCAAGCAGCAGUGUGCCUUCGACAGGAAGGACGACAGGAAGAAGGUGGAUGGGAAGCUGCUGUGCUGGUUGUGCACGUUGUCCUACAAACGGGUCCUGCAGAAGACCAAAGAGCAGUGCAAACACCUGAGCAGCUCUUCCCGGGCCAGCCUGCAGGAGAAGGAGCAGUUCAGCAGGCUCAGCAGUGGCAGCCACUACAACAGCCAGAAAACCUUAUCCACCUCUUCCAUUCAGAAUGAAAUCCCAAAGAAGAAAGCCAAGUUUGACGCCAUAUCUGCCAAUGGUGACAGCGUUCCUUCCUCUCCCGAGAUGCUUUGCCCCCUUAUCCAGAGGGCCCCGUCCACGUUGGCGCAGUGGGCUGCUUCCCAACAGGCUCUCGGGGCCCACCAUUGUCCUGUUGCUCAAGGCACUGACAUCCUGAACUUUUCUCCAGACCUCGCCCUGGACUCCCCUGGCACCGACCACUUUGUCAUCAUUGCCCAGCUGAAGGAGGAAGUGGCUACUUUAAAAAAGAUGCUGCACCAGAAGGAUCAGAUGAUUCUGGAGAAGGAGAAGAAGAUCACGGAGCUGAAAGCCGACCUGCAGUACCAGGAAUCACAGAUGAGGGCAAAGAUGAACCAGAUGGAGAAGACACACAAGGAGGUCAUGGAGCAGUUACAGGCCAAGAACAGAGAACUCCUGAAGCAAGCGGCUGCCCUGUCGAAAGGCAAAAAGCCGGAGAAGUCGGGAGCAAUAACCUCCCCUUAAAGCCAACCCCCCAGUCUGGGAGCUUUCCCCAGCAUUAGCCAAGGAGUCUGGGAGACCCGCUGGAUCCCUGGAAGCCAAAACCUCCGUGUUGUCACUGUCCCACUGCCGUGGACUCCAUGGGAAUUCCUGAUGUGUGUUGCCUUCCGACAGCAUGCUCGAGCGUGGCCGGUUUCCAUCCACAGGGAGAGGUCCCAGGCCUUCCUAAAUCCCCCCCUGAAGUACUGUUUUCUGGGAGAAAUCUUUCCCUAGCCAGUUGCUACCACUGCCAGCCCUUUCCAUGAGCAAACAGGAACCUGCUGCAUUAGGGGCUCCUUGCUGGUUCCCAGCCUGCUGCUGCGAGGGAAUUGCUGUGGCCAGUUGUUCCGCAGAUAAAGCAGGAGCUGGGUGUGGUGGGAGCUGGAUUCUUUUUUCCCCUUGAACUGUUCCCUCUUCAAAAGGGAGCCGAGAACUCACCAGCCCAACAGAUGUUCCUGGGAGGUUGUGCCACUGCUGACAACGGUUGAUCCAAGUUUUUUUUUGAAGAUGCUUCCAAAAUGGGGGCUGUGUAUUUAUCUUGGAAGAUUUCUUUUUUUGUGUGUGUGUUUUGUUUUGGAUUUUUUUUAUUUUUUUCUUCUUUUCUCUGUCAACUCGACAGACCAAACUGCCUGGUUUUGUGUUUCCUUGUUUUUCUGAUGAGAGCUUUCGGGUUGGGAGCCAGAGUGGAACGAUACAGCCCCAAACCCAUCCCAAAUUCCCCCCACCAGCACCCUGGUUACGUGGUGACCUUUGGAGCUUCGAUGACUUCUGCAGCGUGGUGUGAUCCCUCUUCUCCCCCCUUUCCCUGCCCCUUCCAGAUGCAGGGGCCAGCUUGGCUCCAGGAAAGCACUUACUCAGGCAGCCACCUGAGCCAGGGAGUGGGUUUUUUUUUUUGGAGGGGGGGCUCUCCAGGGAUUUUUCUCACUGCUGAUUCCAAACCAGCAGGAUCAAAGGGCUAUGAGAGUUCCCUGUACCAGGGAUGUGCUGCCCCAAAACAGCACAGCCACCACUGACCCUUCCAGCCAGGCCAGCUGGGCUGGGGCCCCCCAGGCGCCUCUUUUGGUGGAAAAAAAGCACUUGGAGGGGAAGCUCCAGGCUGGCAGGAGCUCCUUGGCAUCCCCAAAUCCGGGCAGGGGGUGGAGAAACAUCUCAGGGCUUGGAGACCCCCGAGCAGGGAGUGAAGGCAGGUAAGAGAACUCAUCCUUUUGCUGCAGGGCGGCUGCUCCAUCAGGGCUUUGAUGAAGCUUUUAAAUAGAGCUUGUGAUAAUUAUUUUUUUUUUUUCCACCCUCUUGUGGGUUUUUUUUUUUUUUUAUUUGUUACUAAAGUUGAUUUUACUCAAAAGGCACUUUUUUUGGGAUGAUGUUGGCUUCUGACACGGAAGGAGCACGUUUUCAUUGGACACUGCCAUGUAGUUUUUUUCUUCUUCUUUUUUUCUUUUUUUUUUUUAAUGGUUUUUCUAAGAGACCUCUGACGUGAAAACAAGCAAAACCAGAACUUGUCACACUUCACCGAGAGUGUGACAGCAGGAAAAAAAAAAACUCACCCAAUUUUAUACUUUUUAGAAAAACGAGGUGCACUGGGGGGAGUUUUUGUUUGGGUUUUUUUUUAACGGGGGAAGGGGGGCUUCGCUUUUUUUUUUUUUCUGCUUCCCCUCGAGACACAGACAUUUUAAAAAAAAAUAAAAACAAAAAAAAAAAAAAAGAGGGAGAGAAGGGCCCUGUAAAUACUGUUCCCUGGGGGUUUUUAAUCGUGAGGAAUCGCUCUCCCACCGUGGUGUAGCUGAUUUGUAGCACCCAAACAUCGUUUCUUUGUAUGUUUGUAAUAACCCGGGUUUUCGAGGGACGCUUGGAUUUGUACAAACUGACACCUGUAAAAGUGGUUUAAAAAAAAAAAAAACAAAAAAAACACAAAACACAAAA